AUGAUGAAUCCUUAUGACAUGUUGCGAAGUUCCGAGCGAACUGCUUGUGUACCGUGUGCGGAGGGCACAUACACAGACUCUGAUGGGAGCCCAGAAUGCAUUCCUUGCCACCCUGGUUACGUCUGUCAAAAGGGCUGUAGUAGCAAGUAUCCGCAAAGCAUGAGUGGAGAUGGAGGAGUCCCCUGCAUGCCCGGUCACUAUUGCCCUGAAGGUUCUUCUACCAUGCUGCCUUGCCCAGUUGGUACAUAUAAUCCAAAUUCCGCAAAGGGAAGCCCUGAUGACUGUCUAGAGUGCCCGGUUGGUUCGUUCACAAACGCUAUGGGCCAAAGGAGCUGUAUAGCUUGUGGGGGUAGUUCCUUUACUGAAGUUGGCACCUUCGAAUGCAAGUGUAUGGGAGCAAACAGGGUUUACCAGCCAAGUUCAGGGGCCUGCAUUUGCAAGACAGGUUACGAGCAUGUUGUUUCAGGCAAUGAUCUAUCGGAUGAAGACAGCGCCGAGCCGUGCUCUCCAAGGGAGUAUCCCGUUUGCAGCGGAACCAGAGUGUACACACACACUGGUAGCUGCCAAGAGACGAGCCAAGUCUGUGAGGACUACUGUGGGCACAAGGGUGGCAAGUACACAUCCGAGACCACCCUCUGCGAAUGCGCUGGUCUGCCUGAUAUUGAUGAAGUCUGUGAUGAGGCCUGCAGAAGACAGCAGAAGGGCAUUUUAAUUGAAAACGGAAAUCUGGUGGUGACAAAUCAGGCGGACAGUAUCGAUUUAGCAUUUGCUUUAGCCGAUCUCAGCGGACGCUCUAAUGUUUUGUUCGGCAACCUGGCCUGUUCAACAAGCAGCUGUCCAGCCGUACUGUACUCUGUUGCUGAAGAUGGCAGCACACAUGGUUAUUUCGGUGUUCCUGAUAGCCUGGUGGACCUAAUUAGCGAACAACUCAACUCAGCAGUGGACAGCAGACGAGCCGCAACUUCGAGCCCGCCAAGAGAGCCGCAACCUAUGAUGGUUCGGGCGGGCCCUCAUGUACCUUCUGUCGAGAGCCCCUUACUAUGUAUUCUCAUUGGGACGUCCGUUUUGUGGACGUUGGAACCAGGAACGGAGCCCGUGUAUCCCGUUCACGUGCACGAUUCUCUGUAUAACACAGAUACGGGAUUUGAUGCCGGACAAUUUAAAAACCUGAAGACUGAAAUGGAAUCUGGGGCGCCGCUAUUGCUUUUUGGUCACACAUUUACAAACCCGGGGAUCGUAGUCUUUGCAACAAACCGGAACUUAAACCGCAUUGUCUUCGUAAAAGUCGUGAACGACAAGGCGGAAUGCGGAUCUAUGGAACCCGCCUUGCCACACCCAGCAACCAAGAAAUUUACCGCAGCGCUUUCCAUGGAGUUCCCGGAGAUUGUCCGCUAUGGAGCGCCUGACUGGUCAACGCUGUUAAUAACAUUCGGAAUAAUAUUGCUUGUUGCACUUUGCUUGUUGCUGUUGCAAUUUCCAUUGCGCACGCACUAUUGGACAUUUGCACCGCCUCUUCAAGCCGAGAAUGGCAUUGAUGCAAACGAUGAAGCGCAGCCAAGUCACCCUAACAAAUUCCAGCCAUCUGUACUUUGCUGUAGAGGAGCAGCGGCUGAGUCGGAGGCCGCAACGACAUUCACUGACUUGGAUCCUCGUGUUUUCCAGGCGGUGUAUUGCAAGCUUCUUGAAACAAUGAAUAUGCUGAGAGAGCAACUUGAGAACAUGGGUUUGCAGCAGGACCAGCUUAUCGAACUCGGACUCGACAUGGCGGGGCCUUUACGUACAUCGUUGUUCCCUAUUCUAGCCGAGGCCUCCGAGAAAAAGGUAGCACCAUGUAGUGAUCUGAUGUCAUAG